AUGACGACACCCCACCAAUACCACCAGCCAAAUGCGCCAGACGAGGACUCGGACCUCGAACUGGACCUCGAAGAGCUCGACCCUCUGGCUGCCCACGCGCGCUCUACAGCUUCGCCGCCGCGCCGACAGUCCAAGGAACAGAAAAGACCCUACCAUGAGCUGGGCGCACGGAUACCGCUGAGGAACUUGAGGGUGGGAAGGUUGCGGGCAAACCGGCGCAAGGAAGAGCCAGAAGAGGAGGACUUGCGAGGGCUGCUGGACGAUGACGAGGCGCGGAACAGAAACUCUGCCGGCAGUUCGGGCAUGUCAGGUGACGACGAUGCACCACUGCUGUCUUCAAAUACCAAGCGAAGCCGCCAUGAACGCAAGCCAAGCGCGCUGUCACGAAUAGGCUCCAACAUCCGCCUUCCGAGUUUCCUCACUCCGCGCGCAGACAAUGGCGGUAUACAGCUGGGCGAUGAUGCUGGAGGGUCCGAUGCUGACGAAGAACACGACCCUACCACCCAGCGCACCAUUUCUGUCGGCCAGCUCCAGGCCUCGAGAUUCCCUGCCAAUGCCGUCUCAAACGCAAAGUACACUCCCUGGAGCUUCCUUCCACGGACACUCUACAACGAAUUCUCCUUCUUCAUCAACAUGUAUUUUCUGCUCGUAGCCAUGUCACAACUUAUACCGGCACUGCGCCUCGGCUACCUCUCCACCUACGUCGUACCGCUCGGUUUCGUUAUCACAAUCACACUAGGGAAGGAGGCUUUGGACGAUAUCGCGAGGAGGAGGAGAGAUGCCGAGGCAAACUCGGAGGCCUAUACGGUUCUGAAGUUUGAGGAAAACAGCCCAGGAAACGGCGUUGCGCCUGGGAAGACCUCGCAGAGGAAGAAGAAGCUGCGAAAGCAGAAAGCGGGCAAUGGCCGUUUGACAGACAUCGAAGAUGAAGAACAGAGGAUACCAACCAAAGGGCUAGCCACUUGCAGCUAUCAUGAAGUUAUGAAGCCUUCAAGAGCGCUCAAGGUGGGAGACGUUGUGAAGCUGGGAAAAGACCAGCGAGUCCCCGCGGAUAUGGUUUUACUAAAAAGCUAUUCUACAGACGCGAGCGCAUCAGCUUCGGACCAGGACGAUGCCCACAGCUCACCAACACUGAUCGGCGAUGAUGUCGAAGCCACGGCUAAAGUUGACAGCGCCACAGCGACCGGCCCGUCAGGAGAAGCAUUUAUUCGUACUGAUCAGUUAGACGGAGAGACCGAUUGGAAGCUCCGGCUGACCUCACCUCUGACACAAAAUCUCCCAGUCGGGAAGGUCAACGAGUUUUAUGGCACCGUGGAGCUAGAACCCAAGCGACAGCGACAUUAUGAUGCGCCCGACGAAGACACUGAACCCUCAGCGCAGAAGAAGCCCUCUGCUCCGUUGAACAUUGACAACACGAUAUGGGCAAACACUGUGGUUGCUUCUACUUGCAGCCUUCUGGCUGUGGUGGUGUAUACAGGUCCACAAACUCGGCAAGCUCUUUCCACUUCACCGUCAAGAUCUAAGACCGGUCUUCUCGAGCUGGAGAUCAACAGCCUGACGAAAUGGCUAUGUAUCUUCACCUUGACGCUAUCAUUCGUCCUCGUCGCUCUUGCUCGCUUCCAGGUCAUCGAUGGUCGGCAGUGGUAUGUUUCUAUGAUGCGAUUUCUGAUUCUGUUCUCGACAAUCGUCCCAGUGGGAUUGCGUGUGAACUUGGACAUGGGUAAAUCUGUAUACGCCUGGUUUAUCGAACAUGACCAAAGCAUCAAGGGUACUGUGGUUCGCACUAGCACGAUUCCAGAAGAUCUAGGUCGAAUUGAGUAUUUAUUGAGUGACAAGACGGGUACGCUCACUCAGAACGAGAUGGUGAUGAAGAAGAUCCACGUCGGCACAGUGUCGUACGCCAACGAAGCCAUGGACGAAGUGUCCUCUUACGUUCGACAGUGCUUUACUCCUGCUGCAGGAGACACUCCGGUCCUCGUCACACCGUCCUCUGCCUAUACUGCUCCUCUUACAUCGGCAACACGUACUCGACGAGAGAUAGGAUCCCGAGUUCGCGAUGUGGUCCUGGCGCUAGCGUUGUGCCAUAACGUCACUCCCACCACUGAAGAAGAGAAUGGUGAGAUCGUCACAACUUAUCAGGCGUCAUCACCCGACGAGGUCGCUAUUGUACGCUGGACGGAAGCUGUCGGCCUCAAGCUGCUCUCUCGGGAUCGCGAAUCUAUGACGCUUCAGUCUUGUGAUAGCGGCGAUACAAUAGUCAAAGUGCGCAUCUUGAACGUCUUCCCGUUCACAUCAGAAGGGAAACGCAUGGGUAUUGUUGUGAAGUUCUACCAAGGCUCGCCCGAUUCACCUUCGGACGAAGAUGGAGAGGUAUGGUUCUACCAGAAAGGAGCCGACACUGUCAUGACUUCUAUUGUCGCCGCGAACGACUGGCUCGACGAAGAGACUGCGAACAUGGCACGAGAGGGACUGCGGACUUUAGUUGUGGGCCGCAAAAAGUUAUCUGCGCAGAUCUAUCGGGACUUCUCAAACAAGUAUGCACAAGCUUCGCUUGCGCUCAACAACCGCGAUGCCGUUGUUACCAACGUGAUCAAGGAGUACCUGGAGAGCGACCUGGAACUGCUGGGCGUCACUGGCGUCGAAGACAACUCCCUACUGUUGUUGCCUGCCGUUGCUCGCCCACCCAAAAAGCCCGACGUCGCCCGCCUGAUCCGCGAAUACACCAAGAAGCGUGUCUGCUGUAUCGGCGACGGCGGCAACGACGUCAGCAUGAUCCAAGCCGCCGACGUGGGCGUCGGUAUCGUCGGGAAAGAAGGACGACAAGCCUCUCUCGCCGCCGAUUUCUCCAUCGAACAAUUCUGCUACCUGACAAAGCUGCUCGUCUGGCACGGCCGCAACUCAUACAAGCGCAGCGCAAAGCUCUCCCAAUUCGUCAUCCACCGCGGUCUCAUCAUUAGUAUUUGCCAAACCGUCUACUCCAUCGCCUCGUCCUUCGAGCCCAACGCCCUCUACAAAGACUGGCUGCUCGUCGGCUACUCAACCAUAUACACCAUGAUGCCCGUCUUCUCGCUCGUGCUCGACCGCGACGUCGACGAGAGCGUCGCAAACCUGUACCCAGAACUUUACGCCGAACUCAAAACUGGCAGGAGUCUGAGCUACAAGUCUUUCUUCAUCUGGGUCGCAGUCUCUAUCUACCAAGGCUCCAUGAUCCAAGGGCUCUGCCACAUCCUCGUCGGCGUGGGCUCCAGCACCACGGAGGAUCUGACCUUUCGCAAAAUGGUCAGCGUGUCGUUCACCGUGCUUGUCAUGAACGAACUCAUCAUGGUUGCGAUGGAAGUCACGACGUGGCAUUGGAUCAUGAUUGCGUCGAUUGUCGGCACCGCGGGUAUCUAUUUUGGAAGCAUACCGUUCCUCGAGAGGUAUUUCGACCUCGCGUAUGUGGGGAGCACGGCGUUUUGGUGGCGGUUUGCAGUCGUCGCGGCGAUUAGUUUGGUGCCGCCGUAUGCUGUUAAGAUUCUGGGGAGGACGUUGAAGCCGCCGAGUUAUCGGAAGGUGCAGGGCGUUUAG